AUGGGAGCCAAGCAGAACCCCCCCGAAGCCACCGUCCUGCCCGUGCCGGGGGCGCCGGGCGAGAACCUGCGGCGGCUGCGGCGGCGCAAGGGGCUGCUGAAGGCCGAGGGGCAGCUGGCGGGCUGGGGCCUGGCCCUGGCGCUCGGGGGGAUCCUGCUCAUGGUGCUGCACACGGAGCUGGCCUGGUUUGGGGGCUGCAAGUGGUUUGCGUAUCUGUUCCUGGUGAAAUGCCUCCUCUCGCUCUCCACCGCCGCCCUGCUGGCCCUCAUCCUCGCCUUCCACGUCAAGGAGAUCCAGCUCUUCAUGCUGGACAACUCGCUCCAGGACUGGCGCAUCGCGGUGAGCGGCCCCAAGCUGGGCCUGGUCGUGCUGGAGCUGCUGGUCUGCUCCCUGCACCCCUUCCCCACGGGGGGCUCCCCGUGCCUGGCCCCCGAGCCGGGCCCCCCGGCCUCCUUCCUGCCGGGGGCCGAGACGCCGCUGUCGCUGCUGAUGUUCCUGCGGCUCUACCUGGUGCCGCGGGCCGCGCUGCUGCAGAGCCGGGUGCUGGGGGACGCCUCGUACCGCACCAUCGGCUCCCUCAACCAGAUCCGCUUCCAGUACCCGUUCGUCCUGCGCCUGCUGGUCAACCGCCAGCCGGGCCGGGUGCUGCUGGUGCUCACCCUGGGGCUCUGGCUCACCGCCUCCUGGGUGCUGGCCGUCUGCGAGAGGGAGAACGGAGCAGGGCACCUGGAGGGGACGCUGUGGGUCAUCCCCAUCACCUUCCUCACCAUCGGCUACGGGGACGUGGUGCCAGUGACGGUGUGCGGCCGGCUGGUCUGCCUGUGCACCGGCAUCAUGGGCGUUGGCUGCACGGCGCUGCUGGUGGCAGUGGCAGCUGAUAAAAUGGAGUUCAACCGGGCGGAGAAACACGUUUACAACUUCAUGUUGGACAUACAGUGCACCAAAGAGAUGAAGAACUCGGCAGCCAACGUCCUGCAGGCGGCUUGGCUCUUCCACAGACACAGCAAGGCCGGGGCCGGGCGCCGGGCCCGGACGCACCACAGGCGCCUGCUGGCGGCCAUCCACAGGUUCCGGGAGGUCCGGAUCCGGCACCGGAAGCUCCGGGACCAGGUUAACACCCUGGUGGACAUGUCGACGGUGCAGACGAUUCUCUGCGACCUCAGCACCGGGCUCGGCACCUCCCAGCGGGGCCUGGAGAAGCGAAUCGACGACCUGGGCCAGAAGCUGGACGCGCUGACGCGGCUGGUGACGGCCGCCCUGGAGGCCAAACAACCGCAGGAGCCGUGGCUGCUACAGCCCCAGGACAGCCAGACAGGCCGGUGAGGAGGAGUUGACCUGGCGUUGGAGCCCAGACCCUGGUCCGGGGGGCACCUGCAGGGACUCAGCCCCCUGUCCCCUGACUGGGACUGAAGGAGACGCCACUUGGGGGGCUGGGAAUGGGUGGACAACAGCGCUCCCUGGUGGCCUCAGGCCGGAACCGCAGGCUGCCUGUGCUCACCCCAGCUCCAAAGUGCAAGAGGGUUACACCCCCAAAGGGGGGCUGGUUAGAGCACGGCCGCCGGCGGGUGAAACAGGGAGGGCACACGCCUUCCUCGAGGGGAUCCCCACUGGGGAGCGAUCCAUGCAUUUGCGGCAGGACACCCCCCAGCUGUGAGUGGGCGUGCAAAGACCCACGCUGCAGAUGGAAGGCACGUGCUUCGCACCAGUAGAUUUGUGAUUGUGAACAGGCAUGUGAGGGAUCCAGGAUGUGAGCCGGGAAAGGCGCACGCUUUGCACGAGGGGAUCUCCGCGUGCGAGCAGCCCUGCGUGGGACCGAGGGUCUGAGAGACAGCUAGUGUGUGCUCUGCACAAGAGGUGCUGUGACGGGGAGCAGGCGUGCGAGGGAUCCAGGAUGUGAGGGAGGGAAGACAUAAGCUUUGCACAAGGGGCUCUGGGAUUGUGAAGGCUCCAGGGCAUGAGACACAGCAGGCCAGGCUGUGAAACACGGCCAGCUUGCACUUUGCACCAGGGGCAGCGUGACUGUGAACAGGCACGUGAGGGAUGCCAGCUGUGAAACACGGCAGACGCAUGCUUUGCACAGGGGCUCUGGCAUGCGAGGGACCCAGUGUGCGAGACUUGGAAAGCACCUGUUUUGCAAAAGGGGCUUUGGGAUUGUGAGCAGCCGUGCGAGCCCCUAGAAACGUGACAUACAGAGCACAGGUGGCGGCUCAGUGUGCAAGAGCGGUUCCCCUCUGUAGCCAAGGCUGUGCACGCUCGCACCCCUCGCUCAGGACGCAGACCAUGGAGGGCACGACCCUCACCCAGAGCAAAUGGCCCUGUGUACAGCACCAGGCGCGCCCGAGGCCGGUUCUUGUCGCUGCCCAGCCUAGAGCACCAGGAAAUAGCCAGGGCAGGAACGGCCCCUUGAGCGUGGGGUUUAAUGCAGGGGACGCCGGUGCCUUGCACAUUUCAGCCAAGAGACAAACCUGAGGCCUUGGCCCCUGUGGGCACUAGGGCCCUCCUGGUUCCCCCUCCUGCCCCGACUCAGGACAUGAACCCAGGCGUCCUGGCCAAAGCCCAGCUCCCGAUUCCCUUCUGCUUCCCUAAACUGCCCACUGCUGUGUCAGUUCUCGCUCACGCGCUGUCCUAAACCCCCGGAGGUGGCUGCAUCUCAGCACCGAGGGGUCCCUGCGCUCCACCCCAGAGGUGGCCGCAUCUCGGCGCCAGGCAAGCGGUGCCUGUCUAGCCAUUUGGGCUGAGUCAGGAACAUCUCAGGCAA